AUGAGCUCGUCUAUUUCACCACCUGCAGCUCCAGCACCAGGACCAAUCAUCGUCAACGAAGAAGAAAUGGAAGGCUUUCCUGAAUACGUAGAUGAUAUGUUAAAAGAACACGAAGAAAUUCAACAAGCAUUGCAACAAGAAAAAAUUGAAGUUCAACAAAUUCGACAAACACUUGAACAAAAAGAAACACAACUUACUUCAUAUUUUUCAACUUAUUUUCGAACAAUAAUCUCAUGUAAACGUGGUUAUGAUUUUCAAAACUCAAAGUUUGAUUAUUUGGUUGUCGACAAAUAUCUUGAAGGGGGAGAUGUUAUGGCGUUUGCACGUGAUGGCACUCGUAUUCGUCAUACAAUUAAGGAAGAAAAAAAUGAUUUAACUCAUAAUUGCGAAGGUCUUAUCAGUAUGAAUAUCAAAACAAUGCGAUUCGGAAUUACUUUAGGACCAAUGCCAAUUUUCGAUAACAAUAAGACACAGGUUAUCUUCGGCGAAAUCGAAACGGGAAUGAAAAUUAUUCAAGCAAUCAAUGCACGAGGUAUUCAACAUGAUGGUACUGGUGUUCGACGUGCUAUUGAAGCUUAUGUUGUAGAUGAUGAUUCUCAUGCUGAUGCUCCAUUAGAUAUUGUCAGUAUUGGUGAUGCUCGACCUGGUGCCACAACUAUUGAUAGUAGUCAUGCUGGUACCGGUGAUGUUGGUGGUCAACCAAUAGACAAUAUCGUUAUUUACACUUGUGGUCAACGAAAUUAA